UAAAGUAUGCGUGAGUAAUAAUUCGUGUGGGUAUCUGCUUGAUCAUAAUUGCUUUGCUUUGGUGUGCCUUUCAAUCUCUCAGGCAAAUGCAGCUUCUGGAAUGGCGGUCUAUGAUGACUGCAAGUUGCAGUUUUUGGAGCUCAAGACAAAAAGGACUCACAGGUUCAUAGUUUUCAAGAUUGAGGAGAAUCAGAAGCAAGUCAUUAUGGAGAAGCUUAGUGAGCCAGCUCAAGGCUACAAAGAUUUCGCUGCUUGCCUCCCUCCUAAUGAGUGCCGCUAUGCUAUAUAUGAUUUCGAGUUCUUGACCGAAGUUUUGUACAGGAAUAUGAUCCCUAGUAACUUUACGAUGAGAUUAAAUGCGAAUCAGCAACUUUCACCGGAGUUGGAUCUCUUCAUGAAACAGAGGCUCCAAAAUUAUGAGUUAAAACAAAAGAAACUUGGUACUCGAAUUGGACAGACUAAGUUCCCCUUCUGUAAUACUCCGAAGUUAGGUCAUCUUCUUCUUGCACUAAAAUUGUUCGAUGAAUUGCCUCACUCACCUGUCAAACAAAAUUUCUGCUAACCUACGUGUUCACUCCCUAACAAGUUGCAUAUCAGAAUAAUUAAUUAAUAAACUGAUGUGUUUAUCUGAAUUAUUUCACAUUAAACACCAAACUCAUAUGACAUAUAUAAUAGGCCAUGGAUUUCUUAUAUAUUGACUUAGAAAUUAUUUAUUUAUUGUUUUCACUUUUCAGAAGCACACACUCUUUUUUGGCGCGAAGUCAACAGUAACUGUGCCGUUACAGUAACUCUCUUUCCCCUUAUCAGCUUAUCUUAUCCAAAAAUUCGGUAUGAAAUCUUCCAAUCUACUCUGUCCCUUUAAUUUCAAUAAAAGUUAGGGGGGAAAAGAAAAAAGCACCAAUGCUUUAUGCUUCCCUUCAUUCGUGCAUAACUAAGUAACUAACCAUAACUUUUAUCUCACAAAAAAGCUUCAAUGGCAGAGAAGAAGAACCUGCUUGUACUUGACACCGUGACCAGGAGACUCGCCUCCAUAGUCAACCACCUUGGUGCCUCUUCUCAAUCUGAUCACCUUUCUCUUCAUUCCCACAACCAACUCCAACUUGGCCU